AAUACAUGUGAUUCACAAACACUGUGUAGUGUUUGACUGAUUUGAUUGAAACCUAUGACCCAAUGAAUGCAUUAAUUAGACAACAAUUAUGAGUGCAUAGUCUGAGAGCCCAUAUCCCACGCAAUCGUCACGUUAUAUGCAGUUGUGAUCCAAUUGUGCGCCAAAACCAACACAAAAGACAAUCACUUCGUGAGCGACACAUCCGAGUGAAGACAUCAGUGAUAGUGAAGUGACGGACAAUCACCGCAUGAGUGCAUCCAUGGAUGAGCACAACAUAGCCAUGACUGUGGACACGGAAGAGGUGGUCGACUACUACGAGGAGGAGGACAACGUAGAGCCGGAACUGGCGGUCACUCUGGAGUCGUGUCUACUCCUCAACAGUGUGUACAUCGAGUCCAUCGAAGAACUGAAGACCUAUUUGGUGUCCAAACGGCGCGAGAAUGAGUCGCGACAGUCGGAGCUGAAGAACAGCAACCACUUGAAGACCGUACGGGACGUGACGAUCAAUAACUACGGCUAUAGUCACCCGAACUCAUUGAUCCCAUUCAUGGCCCCCUAUUUCAAGGACGUGAAGGGACUGACGGCCCCUCCGAACGCAGACACCAUCGAGAAGAGGACUAACGGACAGAUCAACGAGUCCUACGUCUGCACUAAUAAGCCGUGGAAUGUAGUCGAGAGACAACGGCUUCAGGAGAUCCUGCAGUCGGACGCCUUAGAGAGAGCCCACAAACCGCUGAGGGAUGAGAAGGAGAGGCUCGCGAAGGAUAAGAAGAAUCUGAAGCAACACAUGGACCGCAUAAAGGAGUUGUCGGCGAGGAUUGAGACGUUGAACGCGUCGGCCGCCGACCAGUUGUCUGUGGCCGAGCGCUGGGACGCGAGCCUCGAUUGGCUGAAGUUCGCCACUGAGUUGGACACCGACCACACCGCCGAUGACUGCGAGCUCUAUUGGAAUAACUUCUUGCAUCCGAAGGUCAACACCAAGGAGUGGACCAAAGCCGAGGACAAGAGACUGGAAGAGUUGGUGAAAGAGCGGGGAAUGCGUGACUGGGACGCAGUGGCCGACCAGUUGGGCACCGGACGGCUGGCGUGGCAGUGCUGCCAACGGUUCCAGUCGGAGCUAAAUCGCGAUCUGAAACGCGUGGGUCCGCUGACCAAAGCGGAGGCCGAGACCGUGGAACAGGUGAUCGGGUCGUGUCGGGUGGGAGAGUACAUCCCGUGGCAUCAGGUGAAGUACUUCAUCGAAGGCCGCACUUUACCGCAGAUUAAGCACUACUGGCAUAAGAUUAAUGUCGCCAAACGAGGGGAUCAGUGGUCGGACGACGAGAAUAAGGUGCUGACGGCAGCCGUCAAGAAGUACGGGACCCAUAACUGGCGCAAAGUGGCGCAGUUCAUACCGGGGCGCAGUAACCGCCAGUGCCGGGAACGGUAUAUGAUGCGACUCAACUUCGGCUCAGACCGCAAGUUAGGCAACUGGACGGCCGCAGAGGACGCACUCAUCAGACAGUUGGCGCCCAAACAUGACUUCCGAUGGGUUCAACUCGAGGAUAAGAUAAAGGGACGGAACGCCCGACAGAUCGCCAGUCGGUAUGAACUGCUCGUCAAAUACGAUAACCAGAAGGCGGUCCAGAAGAAGGUGAAGAAGGCGAACAAAUUCGCGACGCGAACGCUGACGGUUCGCAACCUCUUGUACGAGAAGAUCCGGCAAAUGAUUAAUAAACAGAACCGCGAGUCCGAGAAUUUGGACAAAAUCUUACGCAUCGGUAGAGCGAAGUUAGCGAAGAAGUUGGAAAUGGAGAGACAGGGCAUCAGUACUAACAAUAAGGGCAGACCUAAGAAGACGGCCGUCGAAGAGGACUUGGACUCCAAUAUCGUUCAACUGUUCGCCACUUAUGACCACAAGUCUAGUCCUAAGAAAUCAAUUUCCCGUUCAAAGCUGGACACCACAGUGUACGACACGACCAGAAGUGUGUUGAAUGAGUUGAUGACCGGACAGGCAUUCGAGUCGCGCACAGAACUCGCGGAAUCCAUUCGCCUAUUGAUCGACGAGUCGGUCACCACUCUUCCCAAAGACACUGUCGUUGCGGACGCGAGCGCUGAAGUGAUAACAGCCGCCGACCCGCAGGACGUGUUGGUCAACACUAGUCAGGCCUCAGUUGCGGCUUCCCGUGAAUGGAAGGCACCGCCAAUUCUGCCGCCCAAUAAAACUACAGUCAAAGGCCUGAGAGGACUACUCAUACAUUCGGACUAUUUCUCGCAAAUUAUUGCCAAAUCAGAGAUUUCUUUGGAAGAGUUUAGGGAAGCGCUCGAAGGGAACGAGAAUUACGCCAAACUCUUAGUACAAUUUAAGUCACUGUUUGGUUGGCCGGCGCUGUUGUCGAUGAUAGAGCCGCCCGAACGCAACGAUAAAAGCGGUGAACAGCCGGCGCCACCGAUACCGACUGGAAAGCCAGUGAGGGGUCGGACCCGCAAAUCGUGGCUCAAAACGGAAUCGUCGCGAAUGAUAGAGAUUCGCACAAAUCAGGCCAAACUGAUUGAGUCGGAAAUGCAGAGAAUCGCAGAUUUGAACGCAAAGGCAACAGCGGCUGAGAUGGCGGACCCGGUGCCCGAUGAGCCACUGAAUGAGACGUCGGCUAAGAGUCCCUGGUAUGUCACCAAAAAGGACCGCAAGUAUUACAAAAUGAAGUCUUUGGACAAGAGUUCGUUUGUGUUCACUCGAGUCAAACCAAAACGCGAUUCAAUUAAGAAAUAGAUUAGUCAUUGAAUCCGUGUUGCAAUCUAUCAGUAAAUUUUGAUAAUCUGUUUAAAUAUUUGUUCAAUAAUUAGUACAAAAGAAAUGAUAUUUUGUUAAUGAAAGCCCUUAUGAUGUGUGGGCGAAAUGACUCCCA